ACUGACUGCACACCACUCACAAGACCGGGAACCUCAGGCCAGACCAAAACCAGGCACAACUUCACUUUGAAAAGAAUCGGAAACACCAGGGACUGGAUCAGAACACAGCUGCAGAGUGAGGAUGAGAUCUGCUUUGACACUGUUCCUCAUAGGCUGGGGUGUUCUGGCCCAAGAGAACUGGAUCCAGAGGACCAUGACGUGUGGCACGCACUGCUCUCAGGGGCUCCACUGCAACGCAAGACCCCACUUCACCCUGGCUCCCUGUAAACGAAGCCAAGCGCUAAUCAACAGCACUGUCUUACACAACCUGAAGGUCUCCACAGUGAUGAAGUGUGAAAAGAAGCAGAAUUGCUCUCUGCAUCUCAAAGUCACGGCCACUGUACAGAUCAAUGAGCUCCUGCGUGGCGUGUCCGUCUGCACGGCCUCCCCCAGCAUGCUGGAGCACUGCAGGGUCGUGACCUUCCCCAGAAAGGCCAGAGAGAGACUCGCGGGACAGCUGGUGGAGGUGCAGGACGAUUGCGUGAUUGAAGUGAGCCCCAGCCAGAAUGUUCAAGUAACGCUCAGAACAUUCCCUGACUACUGCGACAUGACGCUGUCUCGAGCGUACCGCGUUCAAGGCUGCGACAAUGCAGACUUAAGGAGCCAUGUCCCAUCAUGCAUCACCGGAAAGCUAGCAUACGCCGUGGACAUGGACAGACGGGAGAUAUCGGUGAGAGUGUCGGACAUGCUGGAGGACAGAAAUUACCACCUGAGACUGUGCCACCGAUGGGACAUCUGCAGCGGGACUGAGGCCUACACGCUGCUCAGAAGGGAGGACCCCUUCAAGAAUGCCACACUUCGGUUCUUCUCUCCGCUGCCUUGUCUGUGCAUUGAGGGUUGGACAUCCAUGGUCGAUGCUCCUAGGAUUCAAGUCUGCCCGUUCAAAAACCGCACAGAGGAGCUGUGGUCAGGGGUGACCUUUGACUCAGAAAAGGGGGCGCUGUCCUGGGAACCAGGGUGUCCAGUCAAGGCAGUGAUCACACUGUGCCAGAGAGAGGGAGAGAGUGACUGUGAGGACCUGGCCAAUUCCACUCAGACCACUGGCAGAAAAAAGGUGACAUACGCUAGAGUGGAUCCACACCCAAAGCUGUGCAUGAAGUUCACUACAGAUGCAGGAUCCUGGAUUAAAUGUCCAUUUUCUGACAGGAAUUUCCUUGAAUGGGACCUAAUGAUGACAGAAGGGCAAGGCCAGCCCCAAGCCACCUUAACAUCUCGGAUCAGAACCAAGCUUUCCCUGCAAGUGUGCCAGAACGGCCAGCCCCUGGAGUGCGGAGAAAUCACCUCUGUCACUGUGGAGAAGAUGAGCCCUGUACCUGUCAAUCUAACGGGAGACAUAUGCCAGCCUGACGUCUGCAUCCGUGUAAGGAGGGCUGAUGUGCAGUUUUCCACCCAUGUUCUUCAGUGCCACUUGCAGUGCACCAGGAAUAGACAGUACCUCUGCAGGGCUGAUUGGAUAUUCGUGUCGGCCUUCACCUUUGUGACGCUAAUGAUCAUUGCAGGGCUCGCGGGAAACAUCAUGCUAACAGUUUAUCAGAAGAGACAAGCAAACAGAAGACAUGCCCGCUAUCAUCAGUACGAACAUACGGCAGGUAAAUCUUAACUGAUGCUUCACAGGGAGCACAGGGCAAGAGCACACUGUGGUUGACACAGGGGACCAUGUUUUUUAGUGAUUCAACCGUUCGCUGUGGUUACUCUCCUGGCUGCUGACAGGGAGGACCACGCCCAGCAGUCCACUAGGGAUCCGGAGAAACUACCGCUCGGUUUGGACGGGUCUGUUACACUUACUGAUUCAAAUACGGAGCAUGGUCAACAGUCCCUCUCUGAGGGACCCCUGCAGGUCUCCUGAGAUUCUCUUGCGGUCGAAAGGUUAAAACCCACAUCUGAGCCAGCUUGCUGAAGGCCAUUACGGAAGGCUGAUGGUUUGCAUGUAAUAUUAGGCCUAGCCUAUGGUAAAAUUGCCAGUGUCAGAUAUGACUACGCAACCAUGACGCUCCCCGGGGUGCCUCCUGUGCUGACGUCCAUCCCUCUGGAACAACUAGGAGAACUUUUGCCCUAGAUCCACAGCCUUGCACGCAAGGCAUCCACGAGACCGGCGACUCCCGUUCCGACACAUUUCUGGCAUUUUUUUCAGAACUCU